AUGGCCGCAAACUAUCAGAACGCGUUCCCGUAUAACUACGGCGUGCACUUUCAGCCGCAGGUGCCUGAUACAUCUGCUGGCGCGAUGGUGCACACCUAUGUCCCGCGCUUUGACAAUGCUCCUGGUGUUGUUGCGGUUGCGGGUCAACCUCAGCCUGGCAUUCUUCCAGCGAAUACCGUCCAAUACCAGAAUGGCGUUCCGUUCGCCCCCGCUGUUGGCCCAACCGUACCUCUCGUGAACCAGCAACCGGCCUACCAGCCUGCCCAGAUUAUGAUGGCCAACGGAUCUACUCCGGUUAUGAGUGCCCCGAUCCAGGGUAUUCCUCCCAUGAUGGGCGGCGCCCCGCCGCUGAUUGUUGGAGGUCAGCCGCAGUUCAUGCCAGGUACUAUGACCCCCGACUCCACCCACUUCGAGCCUGCCACUGGUAUUGGCCUCACUGGCAUGGAAGUUGCCGCCGAUCAGGCGCAGAAUCCUGAACUGUGUGAGCCGCAGGAUUUUAAACCCGCGUCCGACGACCCCUCGCGCAUGUACUGGGUCCGCCAGUGUGACGGUUGCUGGACCGCGUUGUCCCGAGCUGCCAUCGAUGGCGUUGGCGAUUGCCGUUGGUACGUUAUGCCUAACGGAGUCUUCUAUGCAGUUCGUCUGCCUAGCUAG